UUACCUUUAUAUCAUUCAUGACAAUCUUCUGAAAAGUUGCAUAUGGUUGCAUGCAUGUUUUGUUGUUAUGAAUGAUGAUACGGACACAUAAGAAAAUAAAUUUAUUGGUAUUUUAAUAUUCGAUUAUUAGAAAUGGGUAAUCAAGUAACACGUGCUGGACAUGUUUCUACUAAAAAAAUUGAUGUUGCCGUGCAUACCGGUGAUAGUACAAAUGCAAAUAAUCUUUCGAAAAAUUCUUCGGGAACUGAAUUAGAAAGUAAUUCGCAUAUGCAAUUCUUUCCAAUUGAAAGUUUAGCAAAGAUUCUGUCACAUUUAACACAUGAACAAGAACAUAUAAAUGGCAUUACGGUAUCUGUAUUUCAACGUUAUCUCUUUCCUAAUUAUCUAGACUUAGGUGAAAAGUUAUUCAAUUAUCUUCACCAUUCUGCCAAUAUUAAUACUUCAUAUUUGAGUACCAAUUCUUUUAAGCAACAAGCAGAAAAGUUUCUUUCUGUAAUGAAUGAUCACACUGUAUUAGAAAAUUAUGUAAAAAUGUAUUCUAAUAUAAAAGCAGAUGGAAAUAUAAGUCCUGAAGGAUUAAAAGCUUUAUUAAAUAUUUCUUACAAUAUUGCUAUGGAUAAUAGUGGAAUUUCUUCCUGUAUUUAUGCAAAUCAAAUAAUAAAUGCAGCUGUUGUAUCAUGUUUUCAUGGCAAACAUACUUUAUCUGUGAGUUAUGCAAGUAAUUGGAUUUGGCAACAUUGUCCACGUAUAAUAUAUGGUCCUCAUCGUUAUAUAAUACAUGUGUUUACAACUGCUUAUCGAAAUGGUGAAAUUCUUUUAUCCAAAGGACAACCUCAACCACAUUUGGAGAUACCAACACCUAUAUUAGAACAACCAGAUUCCUUAGAUUUUCCUCAAAUUUUAUUACCUGUGAGCUAUGUGUGGUUAUUAUCAAGUACACUACCUGAAUGUUAUCUUCAGGCAGAUGAUUCACCAAAAGAUAUUACUCAUGCUCUUAUAGCUAAAAGAAUGGGCAAUGUGUGUGCUAGACAUUGGACACUGUUGUAUAAUAGCUCAGAACAUGGAACAGGAGCUAAUCGUUUUCUUCAUCAUGUAUUAGGAUAUAGAGGUCCCACUCUUUUAUUCAUACGAACUGUUAAUUCAAAUGUAGAUACUGUGUGUCCUACAUAUUGCAUAUGUUCAGCGGUAGAAUGGCGCGAAAGUCAUCUAUAUUGGGGUAGCGAAAAUUCAAUGGGUAUCGAACUUUUUCCCUCAUAUAGAGUUAUUGAAAAAGGAGUUAAAGUAUUAUAUUUAAAUACUAGUAUCAGAGGUUAUCCUCAUGGAUUACGAUUUGGAAGUAAUCCUCGUUCACCAUACAUUAGUAUAGAUGAAUCAUUCCAUUCAGUCAGUAUUGCAGGUGCACCUUAUCCAAUUGCUAGUUUAGAAGUCUGGGGUUGUGGAGACACAAAAUUAAGGGAACGUCAAUUGGAAAUUAAAAAAUGGCAAGUAAAGGAAGCAGAAAAACAAAGGAUCGUUAAAUUAAGCGCUAGCGAUUGGAUAGAUCAUCCUGAUCGUUAUUUACUCGAAUUGGCGGGUAGGGCAUCUUAUAAUGAAUCAAAUAAAUAGUCCUAAUAUAGCGCUUUAUUAUAGCACAAAAUUAAUUCAAGACUAUUAGUUUAUUUGUAUAUAUGUAUAUAUUAUCAAGCAUCUUAUUGCUUGAAUAUGUACUUAUGCUGUACAUGUAAGAUUGUAAACACUAUACUUGGUUUACUUGGUUUUAUUCAAAAUGUAUGCUAUCCUAGUAUAUUAUGAAGCAUAAAUUUUUCUUUUAUUUUAUUUUUAGUUAAAGAAAAGGAAUUUUUAAUUUAUUACUAAUUUUUUAUGAAAUCAUUACUUAAAAUUGAUUAAAAUACUUUAUAAAAAUAA